AUGCCGAUAUCGGAUUUUGGUCGUCACAAUGAGUCGGGUGCUAGGUAUGAAUUUUGAAUUGCGGUUCAUCGACGCGAAAAACAAGUAUACAAACUUACACAUUCACAGGAUCUAUCUUCAACAUUGGAUUAUUUGGGAACAGAUCGGUUUUCUUCUAGAUCCAAGAAUUCCAGUGCAGGGUGAUAGUCUUAAGAUAGCUGAUUUGGCUUGUGGGACAGGGUGUGUAUUGCGUGCAUUGGUAUAGACUAAAUAGGUGACAAUGCAACUAAAGGUAAACUAGUAUCUGGCUUGUAGACCUCGCAAAACGUCUCCCGCAAACUUCUCAACUCGAUGGCUUCGAUAUCUCCCCUGCUCACUUCCCUUCAAAGCACGAACUUCCACCACAAGUAAUACUCUCGGAACUUGACUCCUUCGCCGCCGUUCCAGAAAAUCUGGUUGGAAAAUACGAUAUCGUUCAUUGUAGGGGAUUCUCCCUUUAUGUGGCAGAUGGAGAUCCAGGGCCGUUGAUUGAGAAUAUAAAGACCAUGUUAAGUAUGUCUUCAGUAGAAUCUUGCAACAGGGGGGAAAGAACAUGUUUAGGCUAAUAAUGAAAUAGAGCCGGGUGGUUACAUCCACUGGGAGGAAUUGGAUAUAGAGGGUAUGUACGUACGUUCUGAUAAGGGACCCGAUGCAUACCCGUUCUGCAACAAAUACAUCGAAAGGGGCUUAUCUUGGAUGGCAUCUCAAAAUAUCAACGCGAGGUAACACGUCGUUUCCCACCUGUCCUGGUGUCUGAACUAACUCUGCACCACCUCACAGUUGGGUUUCUAACUUAAGCACAAGCCUUAGCCAGCACGACUUCUCAAUACUAAAGUCCGAACGCCAAACAUUCAAAGAGUCUCUUGCAAGACCUUGGACGACCAUGCAGCUUUUGGCUACCAAAGACUUCAUAGAAAACGAUAUAAUUCCGACGUGUCAAGAUCAUGAAGAUGGUUUGUCACCUACGGAGUGGCGAGAGGUAUUGCAGAAAAUGCCGGAAGAGUGUCAAGCUGGGGCUAGAGUUUUAUUGGACUUUUUGUGGGUUGUUGGGAGGAAAGAAGGAUGACCCUGUACAGAAAAGAAAC